UAAAUAAAGAACUGUCAACAUGAAUACGUAAUCUUAAUGGUUUUACUAAAAAAAAAAAUAAAGCAUACUUUUUUUAAUCAAUUAUAAGAAAAAAAUGGAGGCAAACGAAACUUUAUACCCGCAUACGGGACUGAGGUCCCCAAACUUUACAAAUACAACAGUGAACCUACAGGAAAACUUCGAAAUCGACUUGGAAGACACCAACUGGAUUUUGACCUCUUCGUUUAUAAUAUUUACCAUGCAGACAGGUUUUGGCAUGCUGGAAUCAGGAUGUGUAUCAAUAAAGAACGAAGCCAACAUUAUGAUGAAAAAUUUGGCUGACAUCUCUUUGGGCGGCCUGACAUACUGGAUAUUUGGAUAUGGUAUGUCAUUCGGCGAAGGCGCCUUCUCGAAUCCAUUCAUCGGGGUGGGCGACUUCCUGGUGGACCCACCGGUGGGCGACGCCCUCAUGGGCCCCGUCUUCGCGUCGUUCCUGUUCCAGCUAUCUUUUGCAACCACUGCCACUACCAUAGUCAGCGGAGCUAUGGCGGAGAGAUGUAACUUCAAGGCGUACUGCAUGUUCUCAUUCCUGAACACAAUCGUGUACUGCGUGCCGGCCGGCUGGGUGUGGGGUUCCCAUGGGUUCCUCAACAAGCUGGGAGCUGUCGACAUCGCGGGCUCUGGACCUGUACACCUCAUUGGUGGCUCAUCAGCGUUCGCUUCUGCAUUGAUGCUGGGUCCCCGAUUGGGGCGAUACGCCAACGGGAACGCGCCACUGCCCCUGGGGAACCCUGUCAAUGCCGUGAUGGGGACAUUUGUCCUCUGGUGGGGCUGGUUGGCAUUUAACUCCGGGAGCACUUAUGGAGUUAGCGGAGCAAAAUGGCAGUACGCGGCUAGAGCAGCUGUGAUGACAAUGAUGGGCUCAUUUGGAGGCGGCUGCUUCGGACUCCUAUUCACAUUGAUAAAGAACAAAGGCAAAGCUGAAGUUAUGGAACUAAUUAACAGCAUCCUAGGUGCCCUCGUCUCUAUAACUGCUGGCUGUUUUCUGUACCGCGCCUGGGAGGCCCUGCUAAUCGGCAUGAUAGGAGCAGCUAUAGCGUCCAUCUCUGGCCCUCUAUUCGACAAGAUGAAGGUCGACGACCCAGUGGGCGCCUCCGCCGUACACGGGGCCUGCGGUAUCUGGGGUGUAAUAGCGGUUGGUCUGUUCGCCGACAACCCAAUACCUUUGGAAACGACCAAUGGAAGAUCUGGAUUAUUCAAAGGCGGUGGUUGGUACCUCCUUGGCGUACAGACCCUCACAGCUGUGUGCCUGAUGACGUGGGCCAUCGUGGUGACUAUGGCAUUAUUAUGGCUCAUCGAUAAAGUGAUGGCUAUCAGGAUGGACCCCUAUGAGGAGCUGCUGGGGGCCGAUCUGACCGAGCACAGGAUACGACAUGGUCAGGUGGGCAUCUCGCGCGCUGUGUCAGCCCUGCGGCCGUACCAUCGCUCCAACAGUAUCGAAGAAAUAGGAGGUAUUGGUGUCAACACUGGGCACAGCCUAGUCGUCGACAAGCUCAAAGAGAUGCAGUCAAAUCAAAAGAAAGGCAACAAACUUCGUUUAUUUACGAAUAACGGAUUCAUAAACGAUCAAAACCAACACGAAGGCGCAUACAAAAAUGGAUUUUUAAACAAACGCCCUGGCAACCCUGAAAACGAUUUGCAUAGAGCGCUCGACUCUAUGGCGCACGAGCUGGACGGCGCGGAAUUCAAAAAUGGCGGGCCAUCGCGCGUUCGUAUCGCGCCGGAAGUAGAAGGUGUCAAAGGGAAAAAGUUAAAGGAAUUGUCUGUGAUCGAAUUGAAGGACGUAGAAGAGAUUAAUGCUAGUCAAGACAGGUUUAGGCACAGAUUCGGGGAAGAUGACUACAAGAGGGAUGUAUCGACUGCUGAUACAAAUCUGAGAUGGGUAAAUUAAAUUUUAAAUUAGGAAUACAAGUCAAUAAAAUUUAGGGGGUGGAUAAUAUAGCAGGGGUGGCAGACUUGACUAGACCCAAGAUCUACUGUUUACUGACGAAACCCUGUGCAACCUACUAAUUACAUACUUCCUAAAAUCUCAAAUGAAACAACAUAGUUCUGUACACAAUUAUGUAAUAUUUUUUUUUUUAUUUUUAUUAAGAGAGAA